GUUUCGCAGGCGUCUUGGGAUCAAUCGAUAAAGAAUUAUUAUUUAAGAGUAAAUCUAUUCUAAAAUAAAAUUGGUCAAAAAUUAUUUAAAUAUAAUUAUUAUUGUGAAUUAUUUCACGUACUUGGGUUAUUAUACUUUAUUCAAAGUGGUAUUUUCCAAUUGCCAUAUUUUUACAUUUUCUUGAGACCGUCAAGCGUAAAAAGGAAUUGACAAGUGAGUAACAAUUUCUGUUAUUUUGUGAUUAAAAAAUGAAUAUCACGGCGGGUGAACCAGUGCCGCCUGGUUUCGAAGAUGAAGUCAAUCGCGAGCCAGAAAUUCAAAAGGCCAUUAAUCAGUAUAAGGGCAAUGCUCUUGUCGGACUUGAGUAUACACUUGAGCUACACGAGGAUGACCGUCGUGAGCCGGGCUACUUUUGUGUUCUUUGUGACAAGCGUGGUGAUCCUCGUACUAUUAUGCAGCAUUGGACAUCUUACAACCACCGAUUGAAGUACCUAGAGAAACAUUUCCCAACGGCGGUGCGCGAAUUCAAUCCGGUUAAGUACAAGCCGAAUUCGCAUCAGAUUCUUUUAAGCGUCGUACAAAAAUUGACAAAAGCAAUUGAAGAUCAUCAUGGACGUUUGAAGUUGGCUGUAGCUAAUAGCGAUGACUUCCGCCGUAUGAAAGCAAAAUUCGUUGGAGAAAUUAAUAAUAAAUUUCAUUUCGAUGAACGUAAUGGGCCAAACUUCCUGGAGACGAUUGACCGUUCUCUCUGGGAGCCAAAUCCAAUAAAAAAUAUGGACCAGACAUUGCAGAUAACUAUAAAAGCACCGACGCGUAUAAUAAGUGAAGAGACCGCAUCAAAAUCAUCUAAUCGCGAUGACUUGGAUGAAAUUUCUAGCGACUCAGACAACCCGUCAAGUGCAAAGAAGUUAAAGAAAAGGGAGCAAUCUCCCGCUUAUCGAGUGCUACCAAGAGUUCGACGUUCUCCACCCUUCGAAGAGGAACGAAGUGAAGAAAGAAAGAAUGCUGAAAAGAAGCUACCCACGCCAAGGGAACUAUCGUUACAAGCUUCACAUAUUGCACAGGAAAAAUACAAAUGGGAGAAAUAUAGGUGCAUGCUUGAAAUACAACUUAAGCAAAUGGAAAAAAUUCAACAAGACUACGAUAAGAACCCCGAAAAACACCCUUUGUACCCCGACGAGUGGAAGAAAUUCUGGAAUCGACGUUAUAAGGAAUUGCAAGUUGAAAAGAAGACUGAUCCCAAUAAAUACGAUUACAAGCCAGAGUGGAUUGCAUUUUGGACUAAACGUAUGAAAGAUUUGUUUAAUACAGAGAUAGAAAAGAAGAAAAAAGAAAUUAAAGUUAAACUUGGUUUGCCUGAAGAUGCCGAGGAGAAGGUGGAUCAACUAAAGGAAAAGUAUAAAGUGCAAAUUGGACGUAAUGCGGGCGCUAUUACAUCUGGUGGUCAUGUAUUGGGACCAAAAGUUUUGGAACGGAAUAUGGAUACGGCACCCAAGCGUUCCAAAAAUGUUGGUGACGUUAUAAACAUCAGUGAUGACGAAUCUCCGGUACGGCAUCGAGGUCGUCGUACUCGUACGCGUUCUCGCUCACGUUCUCACUCACAUUCGCGUUCCCGUUCGCGUCGUUCACGUUCGAAAUCACGCGGUCGUGAUUGUAAUCGAUCUCGAGACCGUUCCACUUCAUUGUCAAAAAGUCCUCUAUCUGAAGAUUAUAACCCUUAUCCCGUGCAGACGCAUUCACAUCGUCAUCGGCAUCAUGUCCGCAGUUACGUGCCGCCUGCAGAAAGUGAUUAUUUUAGCUCAGCGUAUCCACCACGCGGUCGAUUUGCUGCCCCUCCAUCGUCGUCCCAUUAUAGUGCAACUCCACAUUAUCGCGUACUUGAACCUCACCAAUAUCCAAAAUAUGAACGCUCGCCAUCACCAAAUUCAAAAUCUGCAACAGCAAAAGAAGAACAGGAACCGGAAGAUGACGGACCGCUGACCGUAGUGUCUGUACUACGUUUGCUUACAGCACUUGAGGAACACUUAGGUAGCCUUGGACCUAAAGUAGUUGAUUUACUUGGCAAAGCUUUAGCAUUGGAGAAGGUAAAGGCCAACUCGGCAGAUGAUUUGUUGUUCAACGAUGACCACGUGGUUUUCUUUGAGACCAUAAAAGAGAAAUUGAAAGGUAUUUUAAUUGCUGACGUUCUCGAUGAUCAUCAAAAAGUUCGCGCCGUUAAAAAAGCUAUUAAAAAUAUUGCCGCUGUUAUUCAUCAAGUUACGACAAAAGGUAACUCAACAAAUAAGAUAAGCAAUGAUUCCGCAAAUAAUAACGAUAGUGGCGAAGUUGCAAAGAAAGCAAAGAAACUCGAGAAAUUGAGUGUCAAAGAUUUACCCUUCGACCGUCAAGUUGUAUCGACAAAAUUAGCUGCCGCAUUGGUAUUUCAAGGACGUGAAGACGUAUCUACCGAAGAUAUGGAUAAGUUGAUUUUCUUGUUUGUUUUAUUGGUAAAGAUAUCUAAAGAAAAAAGAGAUUUGGAUGGCACAGCUAUACAACUUGGGAAUGUGUUGUCUCAGCUGGGUAUAUAUGUGCCAAGUUUAACCUCCUCGUCUGCAUUAGCUGCUUUACCAGCUCUUGUAGGAGAGUUGAUGGAAAGCGAAGCUAACGGUGCAUCUACCCGUUUGCAGCACAUUGAUGAUGACGCUUCGAAUGAGACACCCGAUAAGGAUACCAAGAAUGACGCUAGCGGUAAUAUGCUAGAAUCGUUGACAGACUCCGAUUUGCAAACAUUGCUGCAAAACUUUAAGCACUUGUCCAGUGAGGAACAACACCAUUUGAUAGCACAUCUAAAAAAGCUGGAAACAGCCGAUCCUUUACGAGUUGAGAAAUUAAGGAAAUUCGUUAAUUUGACGGACCUGGCUAGAGCUGCUUCGUCAUCACCAGUAGCUAGCACAAGUAAGUCCAAUCCACGUGACAGAUCGAAUACACGCGACAGUCGGUUUGAUGAUUCGCCUGCUGUAAACAAUAGCAGAGCUCCUGGCCACGAUUCGGAUGAUGAUAUUGAAGAUAGUCAUCGUGGUGUUAGCGUUUCGAAUCCAAAUAAAUUUAGCCUAGAUGAUGAAGAUGAAGAUGAUGAUUACAACGUAGACGAUGUAUUCAAGGCUGCAUUCCGCAAGGUGAGUGACAACUCACGCCAAUCUAAAUCGGAAUCCAAACUCUUAAAUGAGGGCCACUCAUCGCGGCCACAAAUUAAGCCACUACCAGAGCCUAUUGUCCCUGUUUCAUCCUCACCAAAUGCAUUGACAUUCAAUCGCGCAGGUCUAUCACUAAGCGAUACGCAGAACUUAAUUGCCAAUCUGAUGGGCUCAUUGCAGCAGAGUAAUUCCAAUCAAAAACCAAAUGCCAAUUCUGCACAGUCGAAAGAUGGACAAAUUCAUCAGAUACCUACCAGAUCUAAUGUACCGGUACAGCCCAAAAUUCAAAAGGGCCUGGCGCAAACGCAACAACAGCAGCAACAUCAGGCAUUGCAACCACCUAAUAUGCCGUACUAUCAACAGGGUCAGCAACCUGCAGCGCAGGCCUAUCCUGGCGGUGGGUACAACAACCAAAUGGCUGGCAUGAACAACCAGACAUAUUACAAUGCAAUGGGCUACAAUAACAAUAAUGGAGUCGGGUACCCGGGCUAUCAGUCUUGGGGCAUGGGUGGUGAUACGCAGCAAUAUGGCAUGCAGAACUUCAUGGGCCAGCAGCAGCAGCAGCAGCCGGGCCAACAGCAACAUAUGAACUAUAACAUGUAUGGCCAAGGCCAACAUUAAUUUUCUAAAUCACUCUAUAUGCACUAGGAACAUAAGCCGCUUGUUGGAUGGUAAAUUCCAUGACCAAAAACUCAACCACUUUUGGAAUCUAACUUAAUAUAAAAUAAUUGAAACAUAAAUUGAACUUGCGACAAAAUACUUAUUUCACAAUAAAAUGUUUAUUUGUUGAAGCAAA